AGGUCCCAGGGGGUAAUUUGUAGUAUAAUGGACAACUGACAUGAUUUUUGGAAAUUGUUGAUGGGCAGAUUCUUUUAAAUUUUUGAAGUGACAAUCAUUUUGGAAUAUAAUACAUAGCAUCUGAUGUUACAUGGAAAUGCAAAUGUCAUGGAGGGGCAAUUAUUGAAUUCAAAAAAGUAAAGUGAUCCAUUCAUUUAGGUUAAACAGGCAAAAGACCCACAAUGAGGUGCCAAAAAGGUUAUAACUUUUAUCCUUCCUUGCUGGAACCAGUUUUCAGCUCCAACUUAUGUGGUUUCACCAUACCACCUGAUACUUAGGCAACUUUUCCUGUGCAAACUAUGUAUAUCCUCCUUUUUACAAUGCACUGAUGCAGUUAUGGUCUUUUAAAACUCGGUAAUUGGUAAUGUGUACUCUUAGAUUAGUUUAUCUACCUUCUGUUGGAUUUUUCUGCUUUCAGAUAUUUUAAGAUUUAGUUGUACCAGACUGGUUGCAGCACUGGUUCGGUAUUCUUGUUAAAUUAAAGUAUGUAUGAAAUUUCUGGAGAUAUAUGUAAAUAUACUUUGAGAUGUCCUAGCUUUGAAAUUGACAGGCAUGUGCACAAUUUAGGAUUGCAGAUGUACUGAUGAUAUUCAUUAACUGCAAAAUAUUGGGACAAUUGCUGGGUAUAAACAGAAAGCUCUAUCAUGUUAUUAGGAUUUAAUUUUAGAAACUUGAAUAGAUGAUAUGGGUCAGGGAUUGCAAUUCAUGCCAGGCAAUACAAGAAGCGUAGAUUACUGUGAAAGGUAUUAUCUAUAAAUAUUAUUUUCACUUUGUCUUUCCUAAUUCCUUUUCUUCUUUUUAUGGUUCUUGACAUUUUCCCAGUUACUGCAUUGUGCAUCGUAAUAUAUGUCACAUGUUUGAUUGCAAGGACUAUUGGCCUGUUUUGUAGACCUUAUAGUUUAUGAGAUCAAGAAGAAAUGGAGUCUUUUGUGUAGGUUCAAUGAAGUUAUGAGCAACUUACAGCUUAAAAGUGCUAUAAUUGGUAAGCAGGAUGGGGGAUACCUUUUUUUCACUAGCUAAUUAUGAUACUUUCCCAAAAUAUGAUAUUAUCGCAAUGCCAAGCAGGAUGGGGUUACAAUAAUCAUUUAUGCAUCAACAAGUACCUUUUUAGCUUAUUUUACCAAUGGACACCCCUUACUAAUGACUGAUAUAUUGCAGUACCAAAUAGUUUACAACUUAAAUCGAUAAUCUGGUUUUCAAGAGCUGCUGCCCAUAAUCACACAGAUUUUCUUAAGCACUACAAAACACACCCUGUAAAAUGUAAGUACUUGUGCUUUUCUGAGCUCUGAAAUCGUUAGCACAAUCUGGCAUCACGACUGGCAAAUAACAAGCCAUUACUUGGUUUGAUCAGGCUUACUCAGGAUAGGGGGCAGAGUAGAAUUGAUAUAAAUAUAAGCUCUGGCACCUUUGUCAUUUAUUUGCACAAAGUGACUUCUUUUAACCUUGAACCAAGUCCUUGUGCUUUUCAGCUAGGCAUUUCACCCCGUGCUCUCUGAAUUUACUUUUUAGUCUUUGCCAUGAUCAUCAAAAGAAAACUGGAAAAAAACCUGUCAUGGGUCAUGCUAUGGAUAUUUUUCCUCUGAUUGUUCAUGAUUGUACAAAGGUUAUGUCUAAAUGGUGACCUGUGUUGUAGCUGUAUAGAACCAUGAUUAUACAAAGGUUACAUGCAAAUGGUUCCCUGUUUUACAGCUGUAUAGGAUCUCGGGUUGCAUUGGUUCAUAAGUUUCCUGAUCCAUGAGCUUCUCUCUCUCUCUCUGGGUUUGCAAAAAUUGCAAUGUGCAUGCAUGAGAAUUCGCUCAUACAUAACUGAUACUGAUCGCUUUGUUAUUUCACUUUGUGCUAGAGAAAUGCCUAUGCUUCUAUAUAUAGGUUUAUUCUUAACUGAUGCAUUUUGGUUUGUUUUUGACUUAUACACCUCUGACUCUUCCAUGUGGUGUAGCUUUGUUUAAACAGGGGGAAUGAGUGGGAUGUAAAUGGUUAGAUAAUAUAUGGCAUUACGGAUUCUCAUGUGGAAUGAUGGAGGUGCUUCCUUGUUCUGGCAAAAAUUAUGUAGGAGAAUCUGAUUGUCCACAACAGCGUUCAGAAACAGGUUAUAUGUAUGCUGGAAAAUCAAACUGCCUUGGACAUGAAGAACAAGUUCAAAUGGCAGAUAUUAAGGUGGAUGACUUAAUGAUUGAUGUAGAAGGGCCUCAGGGAGAAAGACAGGGUGGAGGCCAAUUGACAGUUGAUGAAUUCCCAACUUCAGAAAGCCAUUAUAAUGGAGAUCCUUAUGAUGUUUCUCAGAUGGAUGGCCAAAAAUCUUCUAGUGAUUUCCAUGACUCUGAAGAUGAUACCUUCGAUGCCCAGGAUAACAGUACAGGACCUGGUGUGGCCCCCGAUAACUCUCCGAUAAUUGUAGAUACUAUUGAAAGCGGUCUGCAAAGUAACAUGAGGGAGGGAGAAUCUUUUAUUUCAGAACUUAAGUGGUUAGAACAAGAUGAACCCAUGGCAGUGUGGGUCAAGUGGAGAGGAAAAUGGCAAGCAGGAAUCAGAUGCGCUAGGGUUGACUGGCCAUUAUCAACUUUGAAAGCGAAGCCAACUCAUGACCGGAAACAAUAUCUUGUGAUAUUUUUUCCACGCACAAGGAAUUAUUCCUGGGCUGAUGUGCUACUUGUUCGUCCGAUCAGUGACAUUCCACAACCCAUUGCAUAUGGGACACACAAAGUUGGAGUUAAAAUGGUUAAAGAUUUGACGCUUGCCCGUCGGUUUAUCUUGCAAAAGCUUUCUGUCAGCAUGUUGAAUAUUAUUGAUCAAUUACGUAGUGAGGCUUUGAUAGAGACUGCUCGCAACGUGAUGAUCUGGAAGGAAUUUGCUAUGGAGGCUUCCCGAUGUAAAGGCUAUUCUGAUCUUGGAAGGAUGCUUGUGAAACUUCAGAAUAUGAUACUGCUCUGCUAUUUAAGUACACGUUGGCUGCAACAUUCUUUGCAGUCUUGGGUACAACGAUGUCAAAAUGCAAAUAGUGCUGAAUUCAUUGAAAUGCUGAAGGAGGAACUAGUUGAUUCUAUCCUAUGGAAUGAAGUAAACUCACUCUCUGAUGUAGCUGCGCAGCCCGAGUUUGGUUCUGAGUGGAAAACUUGGAAGCAAGAUGUCAUGAAAUGCUUUUCAAUGUCGCAUCAGAUAUCUAAUGAUGGAGGUGUGGAGCAGCAAGGUAAUAAUGAUACUCCCUUGGCCAUGGGGUUUCAAGUUAGUCGAAAGAGGCCCAAGCUUGAGGUCCGUCGUGCUGAGGCAUAUUCAUCGCAGGUGGAAAUCCAGGGUUCACAUCAAGCUAUUGCUGUUGAAAUCGACUCUGGAUUUUUUGAAGGCUCAGACACUGUAAAUGUUGCUACAUUAGCAUCUGAGCGUUCAAGAAAUGAAAUUCUUUUGGAGGGAGCUGCACCAACAGAAUCACCUGGUAUUGAGGCUGAUAGGUGGGGUGAGAUUGUGGUUGAAGCUGGAAAUUCUGAUGUCCUCCGAGGUAAAGAUGUGGAAUCGACUCCUUCCAAUGGUGUGGUUGCUAGGAAGUCUUUGGAUCCUGGGAAUAAGAAUCGCCAAUGUAUAGCUUUUAUUGAAGCUAAGGGAAGGCAGUGUGUGAGGUGGGCAAAUGAUGGUGACGUUUACUGUUGUAUACAUUUGGCCUCUCGUUUUGUGGGAAACUCAGCAAAAGCUGAAGCAAUUCCCCCUGUUGAUGCACCUAUGUGUGAAGGUACCACCGUUCUUGGAACCAAAUGCAAGCAUCGGUCUCUUCAUGGUUCUUCUUUCUGCAAGAAGCAUAGACCCCGAGAUGAUAUAAGAAUGACUUUGAGUUCACCUGAUGAUAAAGUGAAGAGAAAGCUUGGGGAGAGUAUAGAAAGAUCAGAGACCACUUAUUGCAAAGAAAUUGUAUUGGCAGGAGAAGGUGAAACUCCUCUCCAAGUGGAUCCAAUCUCUUUCAUGCAUGGAGAAGCCUUUAAUGGAAGCAGGUUGAUUGAGAUACCUGAGCAGUCUGGAAAAGAGUAUAGUGGCACUGAGACGGUGCAGUGCGUAGGUUCAGACCCCCACGAUGGCUGUGGUCCUUGUCUGGAAAAUCCAAAGCGGCACUCAUUGUACUGUGAAAAACACCUACCAAGCUGGCUUAAACGUGCAAGGAAUGGUAAGAGUAGGAUAAUUUCUAAGGAAGUGUUUUUAGAACUUCUGAGAGAUUGUUACUCAAGGGAGCAAAGAGUGCACUUACACCAAGCUUGUGAGCUUUUCUACAGGCUCUUUAAAAGUAUCCUCUCCUUGAGAAACCCAGUGCCUAAGGAAGUUCAAUUCCAGUGGGCCAUAUCUGAAGCUUCCAAAGAUGUUGGUGUCGGGGAAUUCUUAACGAAGUUGGUUUGCAGUGAAAAAGAGAGACUCAAGAGGCUUUGGGGGUUUAAUCCUGCCAAAGAUACGCAAGCUUCCUCCUUUGUUGAAGAACCUAUUGUGAUCCCAAUGGUUAAUAAUGGUGACAAUGACAAUGAAAACGUGAUUAAGUGCAAAAUGUGCUCAGAGAAGUUUCUUGACGACCAAGCACUUGGCACACACUGGAUGGGCACUCAUAAAAAAGAAGCACAAUGGCUAUUCAGAGGUUAUGUUUGUGCAAUCUGCUUGGAUUCCUUUACGAACAAGAAAGUUCUGGAAACGCAUGUGCAAGAGAGACACCGUGUGCAAUUUGUUGAACAAUGCAUGCUUUUCCAGUGUAUUCCUUGUGGUAGCCAUUUUGGAAAUCCAGAGCAGCUAUGGUUACAUGUGCUGUCAGUGCAUCCUGCCAAUUUCAGGCUGUCAAAUGCUGCUCAACAGCAUAAUCUCUCUGUAGGUCAAGAUUCUUGGCUGAAACUUGAGCCAAGCAACUCGGUUUCGGCAGAAAAUAUCAACUCUGAGAAUCAAGGUGGUGCUAGGAAGUUCAUUUGCAGGUUUUGUGGUUUGAAGUUUGAUUUGCUACCUGAUCUUGGCCGCCACCAUCAGGCUGCUCAUAUGGGUCCACAUUCUGUUGGUCCUCGCCUCCCAAAGAGGGGCAUUCAUUUUUAUGCUCAUAAAUUAAAAUCAGGAAGACUGACCCGUCCUAGGUUUAACAAAUCUCUUGGAGCAGCUUCGUAUAGGAUUCGGAACAGGGUUGCUGCAAGUAUGAAGAAACGCAUUGAAGCAUCAGAUCCACUUAACACUGUUGAAGUGAAGGUGCAAUCUCAUGCGACUGAGGCAGCUAAUCUUGGUAGAUUGGCAGAAUCUCAAUGCUCAGCUGUUGCAAAGAUAUUGUUUUCUGAGAUUAAGAAAACCAGACCCCGGCCAAGUCACCCCGACAUUUUGUCAGUAGCUCGCUCUGCUUGCUGCAAGGUUAACCUACAAGCCUCAUUGGAUGAAAAAUAUGGAGUUUUGCCAGAACGUAUAUACCUGAAAGCAGCCAAACUCUGCAGUGAGCAUAAUAUUCUAGUGGACUGGCACCAAGAGGGGUUUGUUUGUCCUAAAGGAUGUAAACCAAUUGUCAAGCAACAACUGGUGUCCCCGUUGAUGCCUCUUUCAGAUGGUGCAAUGAGGCCCAGAACUGAGCUUCUGUUGGAUCCGGGGACGAAUGAGUGGGUAAUGGAUGAGUGCCACUAUGUUAUUGACUCUCAUCACUUUAGACUGGAAUCUAUAGAUAGAGGCAUUAUCCUGUGUGAUGACAUAAGCUUUGGACAGGAAUCAGUUCCUAUAACAUGUCUAGUGGAUGAAAAUCUUUUGGGUUCCCUUUAUAUCCUUGCAGAUGGUUCUGAUGGCCAAACUACUGCAUGGUCUAUGCCUUGGGAGAGCUUUACCUAUGUCAUGAAGCCAGUGCUUGAUCAAUCUCUUGGUGAAGCAGAGAGCUUGCAGUUUGGGUGUGCUUGUGCGCAUUCAACUUGCUCAUCUCAAACCUGCGAUCAUGUGUACCUUUUUGAUAAUGAUUAUGAAGAUGCGAAGGAUAUAUUUGGCAACCCCAUGCAUGGCAGGUUCCCAUAUGAUGAGAAGGGUCGGAUCAUAUUAGAGGAAGGUUACUUAGUUUAUGAGUGCAAUCAAAGGUGCAGCUGCAGUAGAACCUGCCAGAAUAGGGUUUUGCAGAAUGGGGUACGAGUGAAAUUGGAAGUAUUCAAAACUGAGAAAAAGGGUUGGGCCGUGAGGGCAGGGGAAGCAAUCCUGCGUGGUACAUUUGUUUGUGAGUACAUUGGGGAGGUUAUAGAUGAGCAGGAAGCAAACAAGAGGCGCAACAGGUAUGGCAGAGAAGCUGGCUGGUAUUUCUAUGAAAUUGAUGGUCACAUAAAUGACAUGAGCAGAUUGAUUGAGGGGCAGGUCCCCUAUGUAAUUGAUGCCACAAAUUAUGGAAAUGUUUCACGGUAUAUCAAUCACAGUUGCUCGCCUAAUCUUUUGAAUCACCAAGUUCUGGUGGAAAGCAUGGAAUAUCAGCUUGCACACAUUGGUCUAUAUGCAAGUCGAGAUAUUGCUGUGGGUGAAGAACUGACAUAUGAUUUUCGCUACACGCAACUGCCUGGAGAAGGAUGUUCAUGCCUUUGUGGAGCUUCCAAUUGCAAGGGUCGCCUCUACUGAAUCACUAACUAAAAACUUAGGUGUUUACCUUUUUCUGAAGUAAGUUGAGGGUGUUUCACAAAGUUUGACAGUGGGGGAUGAGAAAUUCGGAAACUGAGAAACAUCUCUGAAAGAAUCUGGAAGGUGAAGUACACGAUCCCCUAAUUGCUCUCAACAACUCUUCUGAUCAGGGACGCUUGUUUGACAGGAGACGUCGCUCGAGCUGGCAAUGUUUUUGGUAGGGUUUCUUCGCUGGCACGACUCAUUUGACUCCCAGCUACUUAUCUGCAAUGCUUGUGCGAUUUUCUCUUCAAUAGGUUGUAUUUAUGCAUUUCAUUUCAGCCAAGUUACUUUUAUGGAAAGGAGGAUUAAACCUCGUUUUGAUUGUUAUUUUUGAGUUGAUUUCUAAUCGAUUUAGUUUGCUCUUGCUUGACAACGUCACAUGUAGGUUCUUGGGUAGUGUUGUUCUAAAAAAUAUUGAUCUUCAUAGCUUUCCUCGUCAUUUAUGCAUGUGAACAUGAGAUCUAUUUUUUUUUUUGCUUAUUGUAC